AUGAGGUCCAGACUAAGGACGGCGAUCAGGCUCCGAGCGGACGAUGGGGGCUUUGAGAGUGGCGCGUACAACAACAGUGCCAUUGCCACCCCACACCUGGACGCCUUGGCCCGCCGCAGCCUGGUCUUCCGCAACGCCUUCACCUCCGUGAGCAGCUGCUCUCCCAGCCGCGCCAGCCUCCUCACCGGCCUGCCCCAGCACCAGAACGGCAUGUACGGCCUGCACCAGGACGUCCACCACUUCAACUCCUUCGAUACGGUACAGAGCUUACCGCUGCUGCUCCGCCAGGCCAGCAUUCGCACAGGCAUCAUUGGGAAGAAGCACGUGGGGCCCGAGGCGGUGUACCCAUUCGACUUCGCGUACACGGAGGAGAACGGCUCCAUCCUGCAGGUGGGGCGGAACAUCACCAGAAUCAAACUGCUGGUCCGGGAGUUCCUGCAGUCGCAGGACGGCAGGCCCUUCUUCCUCUAUGUCGCCUUCCAUGACCCCCACCGCUGUGGGCACUCCCAGCCCCAGUAUGGAGCCUUCUGUGAGAAGUUUGGCAAUGGGGAGAGUGGCAUGGGGUUCAUCCCAGACUGGACGCCCCAGACCUACAACCCCCAGGACGUGCAGGUGCCAUACUUCGUCCCGGACACCCCAGCUGCCCGAGCCGACCUGGCCGCACAGUAUACCACCAUCGGCCGCAUGGACCAAGGGAUAGGCCUCGUGCUCCAGGAGCUGCAGCAGGCCGCCGUCCUGAACGACACCCUGGUGAUCUUCACAUCCGACAACGGGGUGCCCUUCCCCAGCGGCAGAACCAACCUGUACUGGCCGGGCACUGCAGAACCCUUGCUGGUGUCGUCCCCAGAGCACCCGCGCCGAUGGGGCCAAGUCAGCGAGGCCCACGUGAGCCUCCUAGAUCUGACCCCCACCAUCUUGGACUGGUUCUCCAUCCCUUACCCCAGCUACGCCAUCUUUGGCUCGAAGACCGUGCGGCUCACCGGCCGGUCCCUGCUGCCGGCGCUGGAGUCGGAGCCGCCCUGGACCACCGUCUUUGGCAGCCAGAGCCUCCACGAGGUCACCAUGUCCUACCCCAUGCGCUCUGUGCAGCACGGCAGUGUCCGUCUGGUGCACAACCUCAAUUUCAAGAUGCCCUUCCCGGUCGACCAGGACUUCUACGUCUCCCCCACGUUCCAGGACCUGCUGAACCGCACCAGGGCUGGCCAGCCCACAGGCUGGUAUAAGGACCUCCACCACUACUACUACCGGGAGCGCUGGGAGCUCUACGACCUCAGCCAGGACCCCCACGAGACCCGGAACCUGGCUGAUGACCCACGCUACGCCCAGCUCCGGGAAGUGCUGCAGACCCAGCUGGCCAAGUGGCAGUGGGAGACCCAGGACCCCUGGGUGUGUGCGCCCGACGGGGUCCUGGAGGAGAAGCCUUCUCCCCAGUGCUGGCCACUCCACAACGAGCUGUGAGCGCCCCAGACAGCACACGCCCCUUCCUCCCGACACGUCCCUGCGGCCGCUGUCUCAGCUGGUGAUAGGG